AUUUUUUUUGAAUCAAAAUUCUACUUGAUGUCGUUUUACACAUUGGGCACAGAAUAUCGAUAGUAAUAAAUAAAUCUAUAUUUUAUAACAUGUGUAUAUUAUCUUUAGUAAAAAAUUUUAAUUUUGUAGUUUUCUAAAAUGAAAGUUAUUGAUUAUAUAAGAUUAAUAUUGAAUAUACAUACUUGUUUGUAUGUUAUCGCAAAAAUUGAUAUUAUUACUUGUAAACAAUAUAAAUUCGCUCAAAUUAGGAGCUUUUCAGAACUAGGCAAAAUGUAUAACACGUUUUUACUUUGCGAAAAUUUACCUCCUGAAUCUGUCAAUAUGAAUACAUUCUGUAUGUCUCAAUGUGGGACUACAUACAUGGACGAGGGUUUAAAGUGUAAUCCACAAGCUGAAACUUGGAAAAUAAGACUUAAAGUGGAUAGAACAUCAACAUACUUUGAAACUGGAGGUUGUAAACCGGGCCAGAGAAGGUUUAAAUGUGUUCCAUACAAGAGCAAUGAAGGUGAAUGUGAUGAUGAAUCAGCUCUGGUAUAUCCAAAGGGAUAUUCAUGUUUUACUAAAUGUGGAGUUAAAACUUGUCCAACUGAAAGUUUUAAGAAGCCAACAGACGUUGAAGAUUUAAAGAUCGCCGAUUGUACUAAUGGAUUCAGAGUUAGAUGUUCUUUUAACGCAUCCGAGGAAAGUAAAGAAGUUGGAACUGGGAACUUGACUCUCGAACUAAAAACUAAAUCAUCUAAAAUUUAAAAUUAUUUUU